UUAUGUUUCUUUUGAAGUGUUCUUAAUGAAACAAUAACAACAUUACAGUUCGAAUUUUACAAUCACAAAUAUAUGCAAUUUGCUUGACAUUGAAUUUUUAUGUUUCUACCUUUUGUCUGAGUGCAAUUUAUAUUAAGCCGGCAGGCGAAAUUUGACGUGGUUUGUAAAAUUAAAUAUAUACAUAUAUAUUACAAGUGAAUAAAAUAUGGAAGGAAAAGUUACCGUACUGACACCAACUAAUCGGAGACAAAAUGUAAAAGUUACACCUAACACAACCAUUCUACAGAUUUUGGAAGAGGUCUGCCAAAAACAUGGGUUAGACAGUCAUGAGCAUUGUUUAAAACAUCAUAAUAAAGAGGUUGGUCUUACGCAAAUGUUUCGGUUCAGUGGACUACCGAACAAUUGCUUAUUGGAGAUGUCACAAACUGAACGCAGAAGAACCGAGUCAAUGGUGAACAUUUGCAUACAAUUAGAAGAUGGUUCUCGUGUACAGGGUGAGUUUAAACCAAGCAAUAGCCUCUGGCAGGUUAUAGAAGAGCUUGGCUCCGAGGUACUAAAAACCUAUGCAAGUCCAGUCGCAAUUUAUAUGCGUCAAGAAAUUAUCGGAAAAGAACGUAUGGCGGAAACAACUUUGAAAUCAUUAGGUAUUAUUGAGGGACGUGCUAUGGUGCGUGUAAUAGAUAAAACCGCUGAGGAUUUGAAAUCUCAAGCUAACGUUUACAUACCACCUACGGUUAAGGAAAAGCCAAAGGAAGAUGAAGAAAAGGCAAUAACUGCACAACCAAAUGCUAACAAAGAUGGUGGCAGUGGUGGUGGUGGUUUCAAAAUUACAAAAGAUUUAGUGCAAUCUUUAAAGAAAUCAACUUCUGAUGCAAACACUGAAAAUGACGCAACACUAGUAAAUACCGCAAGUACAGCGCUGGCUAAAGAGAGUGAACCAGAAAAGCCGAAAUAUGACUGGGGUUCAGGUAUUGGUUAUUCCAUACAAAGUUCAAGGCAUGAACAGGAUUCGGCGAAGGACCUCAACAAUGAUAAUGAAGACGAUCAUGCCGAAAUGGAUAUAGAACCCGAAAUAAAUAUUAUCGGCGAACGGAAUGCAGUACUAUAUUCGCUUGACGCUACACAAACUCAAGCUGAGGAAUUGCCAGAUUCAUUUUUCGAUCUAACAGUUGAAGAUCUUAAAUUGGUAUUACGUGAUUUAAAGAAGGCAUCCAGAGGUGAAGAAGAUGCACCGCUACUUACGGAACGACUACGUCAAUUGGAAGGACAGAAAACCAUGUUAAAUAAAAUUGCGCAGUACAAGAAUUGUGUGAUAAGAAUUCAGUUCCCAGAUCGACUUGUUUUACAGGGUAUUUUCAAGCCCAUCGAUAAAGUUUCAGACGUCAUGGAUUUUGUGCGAAAAUUUUUGCAUGACGAUCGAUCAGAUUUUCAUUUGUUUACCAUACCGCCGAAAUAUAUCUUGCCUUUGGAUAAAACGCUGUUGGAAUUGGAUUUCGUACCUACCGCCGUUGUGCACUUUGUCUUCCAGGAUAAAGAAGACAAUACUAAUGCAGUUGAUACAACUGUGGAGCCAAAAUAUCUGAAGUUGGAGUUGAGGGAGCAACUAACCACUGUGGAGGGCGCAUUUUACGCGGCAAAUAAAAUGCGUUCAACGGUUGCACGUGCUACAAAACCGUCUGCAAACGAUGUAAAUGAUGUAUCACUGCAGGAACGCCGUAAUACAGACACAUCAUUGGGCGCCAUACCAAAGAAGCAGCGAAAUGAUAAACUCAACAAUGUAAUUUGAUCAAUAUGCAAACUAGAAACACAAUUUGUUUAUCGGACCAGGGUUCAUACUACUUGCUUAUUUUGGAUUUUAUUAGUAAAUCGAUGUAAUCUUUUUUUAUAUACAUUUUACAUGCAUUUUCAAAAUAAUCAAGUAUAACUAAUUUUCACACAAUAAUAAUAUAUAUAAUACAAUAUGUAAAAUCAUGAUAAA